AUGUCCGACCCCUCCUCUCUUCCUCAUCAACCACCACCUCGCACUUCGGGAUACUACAUCGCUUUCUUUCUCGUAGCCCUAGUCUGGUCUCUCACUCCCUUGAGCUGGGCAUACAUCCUCUGGUGCUUAUAUGCACCUCCUUCAGCUGUUGGACAGGUGUUACUCAUAUGGGCCGUGUUAGAGGCCGCGUUUAGCAUCUAUCAUGCCCACCUCGCCAGGUCUAUCCAGCCACUGCGCCCCAACACACCGGACGACAUCGUCACUCUUCGCCAGAGCUUCAUCCGUGUGCUGCAAGCGGGUCUCGCACCCGCCCCUGCACUGCAGAAAGGCGACCUUGCCCGCCCAGAGUCGCCCAUGGAACAUGUCGAACGGCUGGAGAAGGACGACCACCGAGCUGUCGAUUUCCGGCAGCGAAUCCGGACUUGGUUUAGGAAAGCCCCUUGGGACGAGAUAACGAGGGAAUCGAUGCUCACUUGGCUAGCGUGGAGUUGUUUUGACCUCCCCCUGGCUGACUGCCUCGCCUCCUCCGUCAGGCGUACACUGCUGUACGAAGCUCUCGAGCUCAUCGAGCGCCGUUCAGGCACAAUCUUCCCCGAAGGACCGAUGACGGUCGUCCCUCUCCGGCUGACGAUGGACCCUAUUGCCGUCUGGGGAAGGCCGUUGGUCAUGUACGCCGUUGUUGGUUUAUUGAGCUACAGUUUCCGCGUGUGGUAUCAGGUGCAACACGGGUUCCAGGUCCGCAGGUUUGGGGAGAUCGACUACCUUCUACGGAUUCCGGAAGGGUGGACACCAGCCCUGGGGCAGCAAGCCCGACACGCCCCAGUAGUCCUCUUCCACGGUCUGGGCAUAGGGCUGAUGCAGUACAAGAACCUGCUGCACGACCUCGCUUCUUCCCUUCCUGAUCACCCUCUUCUCAUCCCUCUCCAGCCGCAUAUCUCGCAGGAUAUCCUCCAUCCCCAGCACCUCGCUCCUCCAGGGAGGAAAGAGACCGUCUCCAGUCUCAAGACGGCUAUCGACGCCCUCUCCUUCGGCCCUGACUCUUCCGGCCAGGGGGGCGUCGUCUUCCUCUCCCAUUCGAACGGCACCAUCGCCCACGCGUGGAUGAUGAAAGACCACCCCACCCUCCUCCGGCGCUCAUGCUUCGUCGACCCAGUCACCUUCUGCCUAUGGGAAGGAGACGUCUGCUACAACUUCGUAUACCGCACACCGAGCUGCGCGAUGGAGCUCCUGAUGUGGUACUUUGUCGGUUCCGAACUGGGGGUAGCGAACGCCCUGCAGAGGCAUUUCGUAUGGAGCAGCAAUAUCCUGUGGUACGAGGAGAUCCGGCACGCGCGUGAUCCGGCCAAGUUUGUCGUUUUGCUCGGUGGGAAGGACGUGAUCGUCGAUACGGAACGGGUGAAGAGGUACUUGUGUGCCAAUGGGGUGAGAGAGGGGUGUGUGUUUGAUCAGGAGGGUAGGCAUGGGAGUGCGUUGUUGAGGGAUGAGAAGGGGUUGAGGACGGUGGUGGAUUGGGUUAAGGGCGAGUGGAAACCGGAGUGAGCUCAUGAACGGUUGCGAAUGAGAGCGCUUCGAGUGGGACGAUGCGACGAUGCCACUGGAAAGGCAGCAAUAAAGCCAUCCGGCAAC